AUGUAUGCUGUUGUUGACUCUAGUGUUUCUGACUCUGCUUACUCUGGUGUUGUUAGCUUAGCGGCUACCUCAGAGGACGGUUCGCUGUCGUUCACGCUGGACUCUGGAGCCUCUCACUGCUUCUUUCGUGACAGCACGACACUUACGCCUCUUCCUGCGCCUGUUUCUGUGGCGCUGGCUGAUCCCACUUCGGGACCAGUCACCGCGCGUCACACUACCACCUUGCCGUGUCCGGCUGCUCCUUCUGGGUCUCUCACUGGGUUUCACGUCCCCUCGUUCUCCCGGAACUUGGUGGGCGUGCGACCCCUCGUGAGUCAGCACGUGGGUGUGUGGUUUGAGCCUUCUGGAGAGACUGCGGUGUGUGUUGACGGGGACUCUUACCAGCCCCUCGCCACUUUUGCUGCUGAGCCGGGCUCCGGUCUCUACACUCUUCACACUCGCCCGCGCGCUCAGCAGCGACUGCAGCAGCAGCAGCAGCAGCAGCAGCCGCAGCAGCAGCAGCGGCAGCAGCCGCAGCCGCAGCCACAGCGGCCGCCGUCGCAGCGGCCACUCCUCCCAGUUCCUGUCCCUCCCCCUAGUCUCCUCCCUGCGUCUCACCAGGUGGUUCCGUCCCCUCAGGUUGUCGCGUCCAGUCCAGUCGCUGCGUCUUGCUCCUGUCGGUCGCUUGCCCACCCCACCGUUCUGUGGCACCACCGGAUGGGACACCCUUCUCUUCCACGUCUGCGUGCUAUGUCUAGUCAGCGUCUGGUCUUAGGUCUCCCGCGUGUCUUGCCGUCGCUGCCGCCGUCUCUUGCACCACCGUGCGGUCCUUGCGUCGAGGGUAGGCUGCGCGCCACCCCUCACUCCUCCUCCCUUCGUCCGGCCACCGAGCCUUUUGAGACGCUGCACUUGGACGUCUGGGGCCCCUCUCCUCGCCCUGGCCCUGAGCGUGAGUGUUUCUUUUUGGUGGUCGUUGAUGACUACUCCCGCUACACCACAGUGUUCCCCCUGGCGAGGAAGUCUGAGGUGACUUCUACGCUGAUCAGGUGGUUGCUUACCACCCAGGACACUCGUGGUCGUCGUGUCAGCUGUCUCCACUCCGACCGCGGGGGCGAGUUUCGCUCCGGCAUUCUCGCUGGAUUCUGUCGCGAACAGGGCAUUCGUCAGUCCUGGACGCUUCCGGAGUCCCCACAGCAGAAUGGGGUUGCUGAGCGUCGCAUAGGCCUGGUCAUGGAGAUUGCCCGCACCUCCUUGACUCACGCCCGUGCCCCCCAUUUCCUGUGGCCAUACGCAGUCAGGUACGCCGCGCACCAGCUGAACCUCUGGCCACGCGUCUCUCGGCCGGAGGCUUCACCGACCAGUCUUUGGACAGGGUCCCCUGGUGUCGCGUCGAGGUUUCGUGUCUGGGGGUGCUUGGCUCUUGUCCGCGACACCUCCGCGGACAAGCUCUCGCCUCGCGCCGUUCCUUGUGUCUUCCUUGGUUUCCCUGAGGACUCCUCUGACUUCACCUUUUACCACCCUCCCUCUCACCGGUUCUUUGACUCCCGUGACGUCCGUUUCGAGGAGUCCACCCCGUACUACGUCAGGUACCCCAGUCGAGGUCUCCCGGUUCCUCCUCCCCCCCUCUUCCUGACAGCCGCUCCCCCGCCUGCUCCCCCGGUACAGCCUCCCCCCCCUGGUCCAGCCCCGUCUGGUGUGUCUCAGGCUAGCCCUCCCCCUUCGGUAGCCCCCCCUGUACAGCCUCCCUCCCCACAGUCUUCCUCACCGCCUCCUGUAGGUGCUCCCUCUCGGGAGGUUGGUCCUGCGACUGUCCCUGUACAGGUCUCUGGUUCUGGGGGUGCUGGAGUUGGAGCUGAGCCGCGGGUUGCAGAGGACUCUUCUCCUCCGGGGGCUGGUACUGGUCGUGCGGAGUCUGGGGGUGCUGGUGCUGCGUCUGGGGGUGAGGGUGUUCCUUCGGUUUCUGGAGAGCCUGGGUCUGGAGCUGGUGUUGGUGCUGCCUCUGGGGGUGGUGUGCUUGGUGCUUCGGAGGUCGACUCUGGGGCUGCCGCUGCCCCGGACACUACUCCUUCCCCCCACCCCUACCCGACCAGGUUCCAGGCUCGUGUUCGUCGUGCUCGUGAGGAGCAGCUGGAGUUGGAGAGAGAGGAGAGAGAGUUGCAGCGGCUCGAGGAGCAGGAGCGACAGCAGCAGGGGCAGCAGCCGCUGGAGCAGCAGCAGCCGCAGCAGCCGCAGCAGCAGCAGCUGCCGACUCCUCAUCCUGUCUCGGGUCUUCGGACCCUUGGUCUCCCGUCUCCCUCUCCUUCCUCCUCCCCCUCUCCUCCCGUCUCUGGUCCUCCGCUUCCUCCUCCUGACCCCUCUCCCGCUGUUUUCCCUCGUUCUCAGUCUUCGUUGUCCCCUCCUCCUUCUCAGACUUGGGCCUCUCGUCGCUCCCCUCGUGCUCGUCCCUCAUCUCCUGUUCCCUUCACUGACCUUCGUACUGCCUUACUUCGUUCUAGUCCACCUCGUCCGUCUCCGUCUGUGCUUCCGUCUCCUCCUGAGUCGGCUCUCACUGCGUCGCUCCCUACUCCUGUCACUGACUACUACCGCACGUACCGUCCUCUUCUCUCUCGUGUUCUCGCCUCACUUGUUACUCACCCUCGUGCCUCUGUGUCCUCUGUGUCCGCUCUUACUGCCGCAGUCACUGAGUUUGCCUCUACCCGCCGCCUUGACUUCGCCACCACUCUUGUGGCUGCUCCUCCUUCCAGUCCUCUGGCCGUCGGGGGUGUGUCUGCCCUUGGCUGUGACGCCCUAGAGGACAGGCAGUUUGAGCUAGAGUUCCUGGCGGCCGCUUCCCCUCAUCUCUGUGCCAUGCUCCUCGCCCCUGAGGGUGACCCCGACGCCCUUGACAUUCCGACUCCUCGCACUUACGCUGAGGCAGUGUCAGGGCCUUGGGCCUCUCAGUGGAGAGCUGCCAUGGACGCAGAGAUGGCCUCCUACAGAUCCACAGGCACCUACGUCGAUGAGGUUCCCCCUCCGGGGGCGAACGUAGUCGACGGCAUGUGGAUCUACAGGGUGAAGCGGCCACCGGGAUCUCCUCCGGUCUUCAAGGCGCGCUACGUGGCUAGAGGUUUCAAGUGA